GUGGGCAAAUUUAGGACCACACCAGAAUUUUAUCUUAGAGGAGUCUGCAGUGAUGUAAUAGGAUACUUUGCAUUAGUGAAGCCUUUCUUUGUUAAUUAAAAUGAAAAAUUAAGUAAUUUUAGUUACACAUUUUGAGUGAGAGUGCGUGGAUUACCAACACCUGCUGUGAACAUUUACUAUCACAAGUUGUAGAAGUUUUCAGACGUGUCGCUGCUGGAUGUGAGGAUGGGACCCACUUUGCUCUGUGAGCUGGGCCUAUUCUUGCUCUGUACGCUCCUCUGCACUGGACACGCUCAAGAUGCUGUGUUAACUAUUGAACCCAACUGCUGCAGUUUUUUCAUUGGAGAGUUUGUUACCUUCAUGUGUGACAUGAAUGAAGGAGCAGACACUGACUGGGAAUACAAACUCAACAAGGAUGGUCGAGAAUUUGUCCCCUACAACACACACAAAUACUACAGAUUAGACAUUACAUCUACAGGUUACAGUGGUGAAUAUCAGUGCUUUGGUAGCAGGAAGAGCUCACAUGAUACAAAGCGCAGUAACACUGUCUCUGUAACUGUAUCAGCAGAUAAACCCAGGGCCACACUGACAGCAGGAACAACAAUCAUACCAGUAGGGGGCAGUGUGACACUGACCUGCUCUGUGGGGAGAUCUGCUGAGUGGAAAUAUGAGUGGUUCAGACGCACCCAAAGAACCACUGAAGUUCAAAUCAGAAGAGAUGAUCAACCAAACAGAGUUAUCAGAGUAUCUCAAGGAGGAAUCUACAGAUGCAGAGGAAGAAGAGGAGACCCAGUUUACUACACUGAUAUAAGUGAUGAAGUCAUCAUUGAGAUAACCUUUUCCAAUAAAGUUGCUGUAAAACAACAACAACACAACUGGACUCAGAUAUUCAGCGGUGAGACGAUCACUCUGACAUGUGAGGUGGAGGAAGGAGGUGAACCCACUGAGUGGGAGUAUGAAUGGAGAGGACCCAGGCAAACCACACAGUGGACACACAGUAAUUCUUUGACAUUCAGAGUUUCUGAGUCCAGCAGUGGAGACUACAUGUGUAAGAGUCGACUCAGAGAUGACUCAUAUUCUUCAACAGAGUGGAGUGAAGCCUUCACACUGUCAGCAUCAAUAGACCAACCAAAGGCUGAAAUAACUUCUGAUAUGAGAGACAAUCCAGUAGGAGGCAGUGUGAUCCUGAGCUGCUCAGUGAACCAGUCAUCUGGAUGGAAAUACUACUGGUACAGAGAUGAGAACUCCUCUGAGCCCCUGGCCACAGAAGAUGCUGUUUUCCCUUCAAAUGGACAAAUCAGAGUCUCACAGGAAGGACUCUACAGGUGCAGAGGAGGAAGAGGAGACCCAGUUUACUACACAGAGGACAGUCAGUCAGUCAGGAUUGAUAAAAAUAAAUUGUCCAAGCAUGAAAACUCUUCAUUUCUGAUUCUGCUGAUUGCUGGAGUCGUUUGUGGAGUUUUACUGAUUCUCCUUCUUCUGCUGCUGUUUCGCUUCAAAAAGUCAAAGGAUUCAGGUUUUAUCAGCAGGACUCAGAGCACAAAUCAGAGCUCUGCUACAAACCACAUGAUCAACCAGGAUGAAGCUCAACACAGCCAACACACUUCUCCUCCUGAAGAUGACAGCCUGCUGUAUGCACAGGUCUUCCACAAUAAAGCUAAAGCCAAGAGAGACAACGAUGACAGCCUGCUGUAUGCACAGGUCUCCUACAGGAAACCUAAAGCCAAGAGAGACAAAGGAAAAUCAGCUCCUGCAGCAGCUGAGGAAACAGUUUAUUCUGAAGUCAGAACUCAAACAAUGCCAAACCCCCUUUAACCACUGAAUAAUCCUUCAGUGGUCGAUCCUUCCAAAUUCAUAACAAGAUCUGUGUCUGCAAAACCAACUGAGUGCGUUAAAAAAAAUUUUCAUUUCAUUCGAGUUUAAUAGAUUAUUGAAAGAAAAACAAACUUAUGCACUGUUUUAUGAAAAGCUUUCUUUCUUUGUAAAUGAGCUUUAGCAGAAAGUGAUGGUGUGACUUUAUGAUCAUGAUCUUUUUCAUUUUCACAUGAGCACUUAUUGAACUGCACAUAUUAUUACAUGUAUAUUUACUGAUGUUUUCUGUCUUUUUUAAUGUGUAUAUCCAGUAUUUUUGU